GCAUCUUUCGUACGUUUUUUAACCUAAAAGUCACUCAGACCACGACACAAUCGUAAAAUUGUACCCAAAAUUGCUUAAAAUUUACUAUAAUAAUAACAAAAAUUGAGACGACGAGAAACCUGAAAACAACGUAAGAAUGUCGCAAGGAAUAGAGGGAUUCUUCAAGAAUUUUCAUGAUAAUAUAAACAGCAGAAUAGAUGAUGUGACGAGCAACAAUUUCGCUAAUUUGGAAUCCAAUUCAAAGCGUGUAUCGUAUUUUAGCAGUCUUCCCUGCGUAAAGGAUUAUGAUCUUUCAAAUGACGUUGUUAAAAAUGAAACCGGUGGUAGUUUUCCUGUUAAAAAGGAUUUCGAGAAAGCGCUACAGCUAAAAGAUGAAGGCAAUAAAGCCGUGCAGAAAGGCGACUGGGCUAAAGCGUUACAAAUGUACAAUCAAAGUAUGGUUUACAUGCCACAGAAAGAAACUGAAGAACUUUCAAUUAUCUACGCAAACCGAUCAGCUGCUUUAAAUCAUUUGCAACAAUAUGAAGAUGCUCUUACUGAUAUCAAAAGGAGCCUCUCCAUGAGUUACCCUCGACACCUAAGAUACAAAGUUUAUGAAAGAAAAGCCAGAUGUUUGCUGGUUUUAAAAAGAAACCAGGAAGCUGUUAUAGCUUUUCAAGAUACAUUAAGUGCCUUAGAUGAAGCCAAUAAUCUUGAUAAAGAAAAAAGAAUGAAAAUGAGAACUGAUGCAAAGCUUAUGUUGGAAAUUUUACACAAAGGAAUGGUGCUGGCUGGAAAUCCAAAGGACCCAGAACCUCUGAAGAAAAUUCCACCCAAACCAAAACUACCAGGGAAACAUAGCCACCAAUAUCCUGCUGCAUCAGAAGCAGUUCAAUUUGAGUACUGUGAAGCUAAAGGAAGAUUCGCAACGGCGACCAAAGAUAUAAUACCCGGUGAAGUUUUGCUAGUGGAGAAACCCCAUAGUGGCGUUUUAUUAGGAGAAUAUUCGAAGACUCACUGUCAAAAUUGUUUUGUAAAAUGCGUAAUCCCUUUACCAUGUCCGAAAUGUCCAAACGUAAUAUUUUGUAGUGAUAAAUGUCUGGAUGUUGCACAAAAAUCCUAUCAUGGAUAUGAAUGUCAUAUCCUUCCACUUAUUUGGAAGUCAGGCUGUUCUAUAACCUGUCAUAUUGCACUAAGGAUGAUAACACAGAACAAUAAAGAAUACUUCAGAGGCUUGAUAAAAGAUUUACAUAAUAAGCCAACAGGCACAUACAAAACUGAUGAUUACAGGAACAUAUACCAUUUAGUUUCGCACGAAGAUAAAAGAACUAAACAAGAUUUCUUGCACAGAGCACAGAUGACCCUUUUCCUGUUGAAGCUUUUAGAAAUAAGUGGUUAUUUUGACGGCAGACCAAAACAAAAGUCCGUGGAAAUUGAUGAAAUAAAAUCAAUGGCAAUUACUGAAUGUUAUGCAGAAGACGUCGCCUUAUUUGGUGGAUUAAUAUUAAAAAAUCUUCAAGUUCUCCAAUUUAAUGCCCACGAGGUAUUCGAAUUACAUUGUCCCAAACCAAAAGUAGGACAAAAUAUAAUAAAGCAUGACGGAAAGUCGAUGUUUCUAGCUGGUGCCGUCUUUCCAACACUUGCUUUGUUCAAUCACAGUUGCGAUCCAAAUAUCGUAAGAUAUUUCUGCGGGCCCCAUGUUGUCGUUCGCGCUGUAAAAAAUAUAAAGGAAGGCGAAGAGAUAUCAGAAAAUUACGGGCCAAUAUUUACUACAGUGCCCAAAGAGAAGCGGAAGGUGCAGCUAAAGGACCAAUACUGGUUCGACUGCACUUGUAUACCUUGUGAACAAAAUUGGCCAACAUACGAAGACAUGACUGAGAAUUAUAUGCGUUUCAAGUGUGAUUCUGACCGGCCCUGUCCCAACGUUAUUCCUGUGGCGUACGAUUGCAAGGAGUUUAUGGUGCAAUGCGGUCUAUGCCAGCAGUACACGAAUAUUUUGAAAGGACUGAAGUCACUACAAGACACUGAAAUGAUGUACAAGCUUGGUCGGGUAGCAAUGGAAGAGGGCAAGUAUGGUGAAGCAAUGAAGAAGUUUAUAGAAAUGCUGAAACUUUAUGAUGCUACUUUAGCACCACCUUAUCGCUCAUUUUACGACUGUGUGCAAGACUUGAGGAGCUGCAUGUUGGCUAUGGGCAACUAUAGUAUUGUUUAGGUUUAAAAGUUUGGUUUUGUUUUGUUUUGUUGUAUUGUUUUUA